CUCGAGUACGUUCAGUAAAUUUUUUACCGUGCUCCGGUAGACAAGUCGAGCUCCACACGAAAACCUGUAAAAAUCGAUUUUUAUUUUAUGUAUUCACCCUAACCUCAGUUUGUGUACCGAAUACCGAAAAUUAUCAGGUUAUAUCCAAAGUUGGUCAAAAUGUCGUGCCAAAUGCCGCAAAAAAAAGGAGACAUCGGCUUGAUCGGUCUGGCCGUAAUGGGCCAAAACCUCAUCCUUAACAUGGCCGACCAUGGCUUCACCGUGGUAGCGUUCAACAGAACAGUCGAAAAAGUCCACGCCUUCCUAGCCAAUGAAGCCAAAGGUAAAAGCGUAAUCGGAGCCGAGUCUAUAGCAGACUUAGCUGCCAAACUCAAAUCACCCAGGAGAGUGGUGCUUUUGGUCAAAGCCGGACCUGCAGUGGACAGUUUUAUCGAUCAAUUGCUACCCCAUUUGGAAAAGGGAGACAUCAUUAUUGACGGAGGCAACUCAGAGUACCAAGACAGCGAGCGCAGGUGCAAAGCUUUACAAGAGAAGGGCAUCAGAUUUGUUGGAUCCGGAGUUUCAGGUGGUGAAGAAGGAGCAAGGUACGGUCCCAGCCUAAUGCCUGGAGGAAACAAAGAGGCGUGGCCUUACAUCAAGGACAUUUUCCAGUCGAUCGCCGCCAAGGCCGACGGACAGCCUUGCUGCGAUUGGGUGGGCAGCGAUGGAGCCGGGCAUUUUGUCAAAAUGGUUCACAACGGUAUUGAAUAUGGUGAUAUGCAACUGAUCGGCGAAGUUUACCAUCUUAUGUUGGCAAUGGGAAUAUCACAAGAAGAAAUGGCAAACACUUUUGAAGAAUGGAACAAAGGGGAACUGGACAGUUUCUUAAUUGAAAUUACUAAGGAUAUUUUAAGAUAUAAGGACACAGAUGGCCAGUAUUUAUUGCCAAAAAUCCGUGACACGGCGGGACAAAAAGGAACAGGCAAAUGGACAGCUAUUGCUGCUCUAAAUUAUGGAGUUCCAGUUACGCUAAUUGGUGAAGCAGUAUUCAGUAGGUGCCUAUCUGCCCUUAAGGAAGAAAGACAAAAGGCGAGCAAUUUAUUACCUGGUCCCAGCUCAAAAAUCACCACAGAAAAGAAACAGUUUCUAGAAGAUAUGAGGCAGGCCUUGUAUGCUAGCAAAAUUGUAUCUUAUGCCCAAGGUUUUAUGUUAAUGAGGGAAGCAGCUAACGUGCAUAACUGGGAUUUGGACUAUGGUUCCAUUGCUCUGAUGUGGAGGGGCGGCUGCAUUAUCAGGUCCGUAUUUUUGGGACAAAUUAAAAAAGCGUUCGACACCGAUAAAAAUUUGAAAUCGCUACUAUUGGCGCCAUUUUUUAUUAAUGCACUUACAAAGGCCCAGAACGGAUGGAGGAAUGUUGUGGCUACUGCAGUAACAAUUGGUGUGCCUACUCCAGCUCUCUCGACAGCCUUAGCCUUUUAUGAUGGUUAUAGGUCUGAAAGGCUCCCGGCCAAUAUGUUACAAGCCCAAAGAGACUACUUUGGGGCUCACACCUAUGAAUUGUUGGGUAAAGAAGGUAAAUUCGUUCACACCAACUGGACUGGUAAAGGAGGCAACGUUUCUGCCUCCACCUAUGACGCAUAAAUAAAUGUUUCUCUCUAUACAUUUUAUAUUUUGUUGAAAUUUCUUUAUAUUUAUUUGGAAAAAAAAAACAGGGUGAUGAAGUUUUGUGAUUAUGUAUUAAUAAAAGUGUUGCUUGAUGACAUAUA